AUGGAUGCUGUCGUGGAUAAGCUCAUUCAAACGGCCAAGGCCAUCGCCACCCCGCGACUCAAGGAUCUGAUCAAGUCCAUUCGCUCAUGCAAGACUGCUGCAGAGGAGCGGGCCGUCAUCGCAAAAGAGUCGGCCUCCAUCCGUACCGCUUUCAAGGAGGAGAACAUGGACACGAGACACAUCAACGUCGCAAAACUGCUCUAUAUCCAUAUGCUGGGCUAUCCUGCCCACUUUGGCCAGAUGGAGUGUUUGAAGCUCGUUGCCUCCCCCAAGUUCAGCGACAAGCGGCUGGGAUACCUCGGAAUCAUGCUCCUCCUCGAUGAGAACCAAGAAGUGCUGACCCUGGUGACCAACUGCCUGAAAAACGAUAUGGCCAAUCCAAACAUGUUCAUUAUGGGGUUGGCGCUGUGCACUCUCGGCAACAUCUCCUCGCCCGAGAUGUCCCGCGAUCUGUGCUCCGAAGUCGAGAAGCUCAUGUCGAGCUCAAAUGCGUAUGCACGCAAGAAGGCCAACCUGUGUGCCCUCCGCAUCAUCCGCAAAGUGCCAGAUCUGAUGGAAAACUUCUUCCCAAAGGCCAGGAACUUUGUCAACGAGCGCAACCACGGCGUUCUGCUCACCGGCAUCACCCUCUUGACAGAGAUGUGCGCCAUCAACAAGGAAGUCAUCCCCGAGGUUCGAAAGCUCGUUCCUGCCCUGGUUGGCCACUUGAGCAAUCUCUCCAAGCCCGGGUUCAGUCCCGAGCAUGACGUUUCGGGCGUCACCGAUCCCUUCCUCCAAGUCAAGAUCCUGCGCCUUCUGCGAAUCCUGGGUCGAAACGAUGUAGAGGCCAGCGAGCUGAUGAAUGACGCUCUAGCAACUGUUGCCAACAACACCGAGGCCUCCAAGAACGUUGGCAACGCCAUCUUGUACGAGACAGUGUUGACCAUCAUGGAUAUCGAGAGCGAAAAGUCUCUGCGUGUCCUUGCCAUCAACAUCCUCGGUCGCUUCCUCAGCAACCGCGACAACAACAUCCGAUACGUUGCCUUGACUACCCUGACAAAGACCUCGUCCAGGCCUGAGACUGCCGACUCCUCAGCCCUGCAGCGCCAUCGCUCGACGAUCCUGGAGUGCUUGCGCGAUCCCGAUGUCUCGAUCCGUCGACGCGCCCUCGAUCUGUCGUUCUACCUGAUUGACAGCGCCAACAUUCGACUGCUGACUCGCGAGCUCUUGAGCUUCCUGGAGGUUGCCGAGGGCGAGGUCAAAGCCAGCGUCGCAUCCCGCAUUUGCGACUACGCCGGCCGCUUCCGCCCCAACAAGCGCUGGGAGAUCGACACUGUGUGCCGAGUUCUGCGCGUCGCCGGCGCCUUUGUCGACCAGCUUGUCAUCAACCACUUUGUCAAGCUCGUGUCGACCUCGCCUGUCGAGCUCCAGCAGUACACCGUCCGUAAGCUGUACAACAUUGUCAAGAGCGAGGGCGACGCUGCUUUGAUGCAGGAGGGCCUCGUCCAGGCCAUGGUCUGGUGCUGCGGCGAAUACGGCGACACCCUCACCACGGGCACCUCGCGAAUCCUCGGUGCUGACGACGAAGCUGGCGACGAUGCCAAUGCCGACCCGCACCUAAGCGACUACCAGACCGCCCCCUCCGAAAGCGAGGUUUACGAGACGUUUGCCUCGAUCCUCAAGGGCCCGUACGCCACGGACGAUGUCCAGGAAUACGCUCUCACGGCCCUGGCCAAGCUGUCGACGCGAUUCCAACAGACCGCCGUCAUUAGCCAAAUCAGGACACUCAUCGCUCGAUACAAGGUCAACAUCGAUGUUGAGAUUCAGCAGCGUGCUGUCGAGUACACCAGUCUCUUUGGCCUCGAUCGCGAGAUCAGCGUCGCCAUCUUGGAGGGCGUCCCCGUCCUCGAAAGCGCCCUGAGGGAAGAGGAUCUCAAGGGCAAGGGAACCAUCGGUACGAUUCCUGUGUGCAUAUCCGAUGCUGCCGAUGCGCCCGCCAAUGUUGGCGUAUCCCUUUCUUCAGCACUAGAGAUGCCAAACUGCUCACUGACAAUUUGUGAUGCCUCUCCACGCGCCGAUGUACCCUUCCUGCCGUCUGAUCUGCGGCCAUUCUGUGGCGUGUCGGCGGUCUGCCGCUGGUCUUUGUCUUGCCAACUCAUCUGCUCCAGCUGCCAUGACCAGCCCAACCAUGGGAUUUGGCGCUCCUGCAGUGGAUUUGUCGGCUCCUGCACCCAAGAUGAACGUUGGCGGAGGUGUAAGUAA